CAUGGUGUAUUUGGGUGUUGAUGACACAAAUCAUUUACCUGCUGGUAUAGAGGUCGAUGCCUUUCCACAUCCACGUUUUGCAAACAAGCCAGGUUAUGACAUCAUGCUACUAAAGCUGAAAACCCCAGUAACUCUGAACAAGACAGUGAAGACCAUUGCCCUGCCAGAAGCUAGAGCAAAAAGCUCAAGUAACUGCAUGGUCAUGGGUUGGGGCUGGGAGAAAUACGAGCACGCGUCUCCAUCAAGAGUCCUGAGAGAAGUAAACUCGACUCUUUUAGACUCUGAAAAUUGUGACAUACCUCACACUUUAUGCACUGAGGGAACAGCUGGACCAUCACAGGGGGACGAUGGGGGUCCACUUAUUUGUGGAAAUGUCGCACAGGGCAUCAUGUCUUACUUCAUACAGGUGGAGUCUACAACCUACCUUAGCGUGUAUACUCAAAUCUUUCACUACCUUCCAUGGAUUCGUGAAAUAAUGGAACCCAGGGACGUCACAAGGAUUGGAAGACAGGGGGGGCUCAGCCCACAGAGUAUUUGUAACUUGUGUUUGCAAAAUUUUUGCACUAACAUCUAGGUCUAGGUCUGUUUGCUCCUCUCUCCCUGGAUCAGUUUGGUCUCCCUCUCUCUCAGCUUGCCUGUUGACCCUUUUCCUCCUCAGCCUCUCCUUCUGUCUUAUCCUUUAUUUAAGAUAAGAAAAACCCUGAUGCUAAUUUCAUGACUUUAGAAAUCCAAAUUGGUCACAUGAAACAUCCAAAAUGUCCAUAAACAGAGGUCAGACAGCUAAAAAGUUGCUAAGUUAAACAAAUGAGAAAAAGCAGUACAAGAAAUAGAAAAAAAUUGGCAUCACUGCAUACUUUACCAGGUAAGCUAUUGAUACGGAUCCUUUUUAAAGUGGCUACUGUAUAAAUACAAUAACCUGAUGGCGGAAGGAAUAAAAGAUUUGGAGUAAUGAUUACUGUAUACUAUGUACUGUAUGACUGCUUUCAUUUUUGUUUCACAUGUGUAUCUGUGGAGAGUGUGGGCAUUUACUCAUCUUUAGCCUACUUUUAGGUAACAUCUACGUAUUUAAUAUUUAAUUUAUCAUAUUAUAUGAUUAAAAUAGUCUCAGGCCUAGUUAGAAUAUAGCUAGCAUAUUAAAUAUAAUGAAAAAAAUGUAGUGUAUGCUAUGCAUAGUGCCUAGACCUGCCAACAAAUGCUUAUUGUUAUAAGAAAUUCAAGAAACGAAAAGAAAAACAAUCCUUAGACCUAUAGACCAGAGGUCCCCAACCACCGGGUCACGACCCAGUACUGGGUCGUGUACAAGUUGCCACCGGGUCGCAAGAACGUCCCGAAAAUAAUUUGUAUAAUAGCCACGUAAUAGCUUAAUCGGGUAUUUUGUACUUUAAGAGCCGACUUCAAAUAACAUCAAUCAUUUCCACUUUUGUACAGAGCCGUGCUCUUCUCUCUUUUUCUCCGCCUCUCUCUCUCUAUCAGUGAUCACAUUGCUGUCAUUAGAGUUUGAACAUACUUCUAAAACACAAUCGAUCAAAGAAUUGCGGAGGUAUGACUUUAUGAAUCAUUUGCAAAUGUACGUCGCAAUGAUGUACAUAUGCGGGCACGUUCAACUGUGUGACAGCGCAAAUGACUGAAAAGUAAUUAUUUUAUUCUUCUUUAAAACAACUUCAGAAUUAUCCAUCGAUCGUAGCACCAUGAUCAAAAUAAACUAUUAGGCUAAUAAUAUUUUAAUGGCUACACUUUUAACGUAGGUUUGAAAGGAACAUAAACUUGUCAAUCAUCAUUAAAAUCAUAUGAUAAACGUGAGUCUCCGUGCCUCUGCGCCCAGCCGCAAUUCUUCUGGCAUCUCUCCUCCUUCACUGCAUUUUUCUUCUCUUCUGUUACUUGGAAUUGGGUCUCGAGCCCGACCAAGAUUCGAGCUGCCUUCAACAGCAAGCCAAGUUCGUUUAGGUUCCAUUAAGACUAAAUGGGCAGGCAAACUAGUAAAAAUAAUGAAAGUAAAAAACAAUCCGCCA